UACAGGUACGAGCCCUUUGGACAGCCCUCGCAACUUCUCCCCCAACACAGCUGCUCACUUCUCCUUCGUUCCUGCACGCAGUCACGGACACAGGGCUGACAGGACGGAUGGCAGACGCUGGUCUCUGGCCUCCUUACCUUCCUCUGGAUAUGGAACCAACACUCCCAGCUCCACCGUCUCGUCCUCCUGUUCAUCUCAGGAGAAGCUGCACCAGCUGCCCUUCCAGCCGACGCCGGACGAGCUUCACUUCCUCACCCAAACACUUCAGCUCCGAGAGCAUCACGGACGAGGAGGGACGCCGCUCCCCCGCCAUGAGACCGCGCUCGCUCACGAGCGUUCGGAGAGCGUCGACGUCACCUUCGUCAUGCAGCUCGUCAAGAAGCUGAUGAUCAUCAUCGCUCGGCCGGCUCGGCUGCUGGAGUGUCUGGAGUUUGACCCAGAGGAGUUUUACCACUUGUUGGAGGGCAGCAGAGGGUCAUGCUAAGAAGGCCAAGGCAUCAAGUCGGACAUUCCUCGCUACAUCAUCAGCCAGCUGGGCCUCACCAGGGAUCCCCUGGAGGAAAUGGCCCAGCUGAGCAGCUACGACAGCGGAAACCCAGAAACCCCCGAAACCGACGACUCAGUGGAUGUAACCUAAACCAAAACACCUCGAGAGGAAGACUUCGAGAACAUUAAGCUCAUCAGUAACGGAGCCUACGGCGCCGUGUUCCUGGUGCGGCACAAAGAGACCCGGCAGCGUUUCGCCAUGAAGAAGAUCAACAAGCAGAACCUGAUCCUGAGGAACCAGAUCCAGCAGGCCUUCGUGGAGCGAGACAUCCUCACCUUCGCUGAGAACCCGUUUGUUGUCUCCAUGUUCUGCUCAUUCGAGACGAGGAGGCACCUCUGCAUGGUGAUGGAGUACGUGGAGGGAGGAGAUUGCGCAACGCUGCUGAAGAACAUCGGAGCUCUGCCGGUAGAUAUGGCUCGUAUGUACUUUGCAGAAACCGUCCUGGCGCUGGAAUAUCUUCACAACUACGGCAUCGUACACAGAGACCAACCUGACAAUCUUCUGAUCACAUCCAUGGGACACAUUAAGCUGACGGACUUCGGUCUCUCUAAGAUCGGUUUGAUGAGUCUGACCACGAACUUAUACGAAGGACACAUCGAGAAAGACACGAGAGAGUUUCUGGAUAAACAGGUGUGCGGUACUCCGGAGUACAUCGCCCCGGAGGUGAUUCUCCGUCAGGGCUACGGCAAGCCGGUGGACUGGUGGGCGAUGGGAGUCAUCCUGUACGAGUUCCUGGUGGGCUGCGCUCCUUUCUUCGGAGACACACCGGAGGAACUGUUCGGUCAGGUGAUCAGCGAUGAGAUCAUCUGGCCCGAGGAGGAUGAAGCUCUUCCUCACGAGGCUCAAGACCUGAUCUGCAAACUGCUGAGACAGAAUCCACUGGAGAGACUGGGCACAGGAAGUGCGUUUGAGGUGAAGCAGCACUCGUUCUUCACAGAGCUGGACUGGAACAGUCUGCUGAGACAGAAAGCCGAGUUCAUCCCUCAGCUGGAGUCAGAGGACGACACCAGCUACUUCGACACCCGUUCAGACCGGUACCACCACUUGGACUCGGAGGAUGAAGACGACACUAAUGAUGAAGAACAUGUGGAGAUACGACAGUUCUCCUCCUGCUCGCCUCGUUUCAGCAAGGUGUACAGCAGCAUGGAGCGUCUCUCCCUCCACGAGGAGAAGAGAACUCCUCCUCCAACCAAACGCAGCCUCAGUGAGGAAGGAGGAGAUCGCAUCGACAGUCUGAGCGGACUCAAGUCCAGAGAUCGAUCCUGGAUGGUGGGAUCCCCCGAAAUUCUGAGGAAGCGUCUGUCAGUGUCCGAGUCGUCCCACACAGAGAGCGACUCCAGUCCUCCUCUGACUGUCCGUAGACGCUGCUGCUCAGCCAUCAUUGAGAUGCCUCGCUUCGCCAUCUCCUCCGAGGAGGAAGGAGCUCAAGCCGGCAGCCGUAAGAGUCCCAGCCUGCUGGGUCUGAGCGCAGUGAGAGGACCACGCAGUGACGAGCUCCCACUGGCCAUCCCAGAGCUCCCAGUAGAGAGAGAGCUGAAACUGGACGAGUCUCCCACCACACCGAGCUCCACAUCCAGCCAGCUGAGCAAAGCUUCACACACACCUGGUAGUUCAGGUGACGUGUGUGACCGUGGUAACGGUACGACAGGCGGAGCGUUUAAACCCUCAGCAGCAGCAGACAGCGACUCUCCGUCUACUCCUAAAGCCAUCAGCGACCUGGCGGCUCGGCGAGCUCGUCAUCGUCUGCUCUCUGGAGACGCAGACAAACACACGACCACGCAGAGCUCCAGACCGCUCAAUAAAGUCAUCAAGUCGGCCUCCGCCACCACGCUGUCACUCAUGAUCCCUGCAGAUCACCACGGAGCAUCCCCAUUGGCCAGCCCGAUGUCUCCUCACUCUCUGUCGUCCAAUCCGUCGUCUCGUGACUCGUCUCCGAGCCGCGACCUCUCUCCGGCCGUGAGCAGCGUGAAACCCGCCAUCAUCAUCCACCGAGCGGGAAAGAAGUACGGCUUCACCCUCAGAGCCAUCCGGGUCUAUAUGGGAGACUCUGACAUCUACACGGUGCAUCACAUGGUCUGGCAUGUGGAGGAGGGCGGUCCGGCCCACGAUGCAGGUCUGAGGGAAGGAGACCUGAUCACUCACGUUAACGGAGAAGCGGUUCACGGUCUGGUUCACACUGAGGUGGUGGAGCUCAUUCUGAAGAGCGGAGCUAAAGUGUCGAUCGCCGCCACACCGUUUGAGAACACGUCCAUUAAGAUCGGACCAGCGAGGAAGACGGGACACAAAUCCAAGAUGGCGAGACGCAACAAGAAGACCAAGACCAAGGAGGGACAGGACAGUAAGAAGAAAACGUCUCUGUUCAGGAAGAUCACCAAACAAGCGUCUCUGCUUCACACCAGCCGUAGUCUCUCCUCUCUGAACCGAUCCCUCUCCUCUGGAGAGAGCGGACCCGGCUCUCCGACACACAACCUGUCCCCACGGAGCCCGACGCAGGGCUACAGGUCCACACCUGACUCCACACACUCAGUGGGUGGAAACUCGUCUCAGAGCAGCUCUCCCAGCUCCAGCGUCCCGAACUCUCCGGCCAGCUCUGGUCACAUCCGCCCGAGCUCCCUUCACGGUCUCGCCCCAAAGCUCCAGCGCCAGUACCGCUCCCCCCGCCGCAAAUCCGCCGGUAACAUCCCUCUCUCCCCUCUGGCCCGAACCCCCUCCCCGACCCCUCAGAGCAGCUCCCCUCAGCGCUCCCCCUCCCCCCUCCCAGGCCACACUCUGGCCCAGUCUGCAGUGGGUCAGUCGUUCCCGGUGAAGCUCCACUCCUCGCCUCCGCUGGUGAGGCAGAUAUCCAGACCGAAGAGCGCCGAGCCCCCGCGUUCUCCGCUCCUGAAGAGGGUCCAGUCUGCUGAGAAGCUCGCCUCCUCGCUCUCCAGCUCGCCUGCAUCGUCCUCUGGAGCAGCUGCAGCAGCAGCAGCAGCAGCGGGGGAGAAGAAGAUGGCUGGAGGAGCGACUGUCGGGAGCAGAAAACACAGUCUGGACAUCUCACACUCAGAGUUUAAGAAGGAGAUUCUGCAGAGAGAGCCGAGCCUGCAGAGCCUUCAGGAAUCAGCCAGCGAGGGUCUUCUGUCCUCAGCGGGUCGCGGCGUAGAGAAAGGCAGUCUGCAGAAACACUCGUCCUCAUCCAGGAAGUUAGGCCGUCAGGAAGGAGACGGCAGCGGCGGCCUCGGCUCUGUGUCCGGCUCGCUGGGUCUCGCCCCCGGAAAGAGCAAACUGAAGGACAAGCUGUCGGCCAUCCGCCAGGACCGAGCCGAGCGGAGGGAGUCGCUGCAGAAGCAAGACGCCAUCCACGAGGUCGACUCCUCCGAGGACGAGACGGACGAAGGCUCCGAGGACAGCCAGGAGGGACGCAGGGGGGGGGCCACGUUCACCCCUCCUCCCUUACUGAGGCCUACGACUGUGAGGACGGGACCUGGAGGCACGCUGCCGUCCCUCUGCCUCUCUCCCUGCACUCCUCACGCCACCUUCAGCCACACGGGGGUGUCGCAGAUCGGCAGGCCCACCCCCUCGCACACGCUGCCCUCUGUCGCUGAAAUCAAACCCGGGCAGAUCUCCUCCUCUUCCUCCUCUUCUUCCUCUGUGGCUGCGUCCUCUGAAAACGGCGUAAGACAAGAGAGGAAGUUUCUGGAGCCGAGCGUUCCCUCUAAACCCUCUCAGGGCCCGCUUCCCUUCUCCACUCCAGGCAGUGCGUUCAUCUCAGUCAGCAAGGACACGUUCCUCAAGCCGAACCCUCCGCAGGAUUUAAAGAGCAUCAGGGGGAAGACCUGUGCACCUGAGCCUAAACCAGAACCGGACAGCUCUAAAACUACAACUCCCACCACCACCACCACCCCCACCUCCACCACCCCGUCUACCACAGACUCCCAAAGCGCUACGACUACACCGGAGACGCCCCGCACCUCCUGCUCCUCUCCAGGAAUCCCCAAAGAGAAGAAAGAGGCAGAUAACCGCCGCCUGUGUGCCGCCGCCGCCGCAAGUCUGACCACAUCCCCCUCUUCUUCUUCUCCUCCUCCUGGAUCCAGCUGCAGCUCAACCUCCGCUCAAGCUCCGCCAGUUGAGAGCGGCGUCGAUAAAGUAGUUUCCCAGCUCGCCACGGUGGCUAAAAGCGUCCUGGGUCCCGUUAAACUCUGCGGUCCUGCGGAGAAGACCUCAAAAGACCAGAAACCAUCCAGAAGUGGCACCCCAGAAAUCCCUCCAGCUGACCCGUUCUCGUUCCCCGCCAGGCAGGUCACAACCCCUCAGUCUCAGGCUCAGUCGCCUCAGCUUUCAGAGCCGCCGAGCAGACAGAAAAGCCCGUCACCGUCUGCCCCGCAGAGGCCGGCCAGAUCACCGGCGGCUGCAGAAAGAAGCGCGUCAGGAUCUGCAGGUGGAGAGAGCGCCGCCACAUCUGCACCUGCAUCAACAUCUGCACCUGCACCUGCAUCAACAUCUGCAUCUGCAUCUGCACAGCGGCUCGUGGUAGCAGCCGCUCAGCCUGCAGUCACCUCCAGCCACGUCUCCUCCUCUGCAGCAUCUGAGCCCCAACGCAAGAGGUCCGAACCCCAGACGACAACAACCACCGCGUCCGCCUCCUCACAACAAGAUAAAACAACCAGCAAGAAGACGUAGCAGCAAAAAAACAAACAAUUGUACAGAUCUCUCUCACACACACGUUCAGUUUCAGUGCUGGCUGGCUUGGGGUUGUUUUUUUUUUUCUUCUUCUUUUUAAAGAAUUCACACAAAAAACUGCAUGUUAGUAACUAAUCUGAGUUUUUGACUGUCGAAGACGUGAAGCAGAGAGGAGACAGAUGUGGUCGUAGUCCUAGUCCCAUUCCAGAUGUUCUGUGCUCUUUAUGUUUAGUGUGAGUUAUUAUUAUUAUUAUUUUUUUUUUAUAGGUGUCCUGACUCUUGUUUUGGGUUUAUGCUUCAGAUUUAAACACCACUUAAACAGUAGUUGGUGUUUUUUUUUCUCUCUUUCUGCAAACAUGCAAACAUGCAAACAUGCAAACAUGCACGGGGGCUAAAAAUAAAAUAUAAAGGGCGCUGUGGUCCAUGUUACACACACACACACACACACACACACACACCUGCUGCCUCAUUAUCUUUCACGCUACACUUAGGAAUAAAGAGCAGCUCUAUAUUUUGCAGCCUGUGUAAACGCAUUAGUGGGUUUUUUUUUUAAUAGGACUAAAUGGUAAAUUUGCAGCAUCAACGUGCACACAAAUUAAAUUCUCUCUCUCCUCUCGCUGCCGUCAUCGUCCCCGUAGAUCCGACCCUGCAGCAGCUCUGCAGACGUGGUUCAGAUCCUUUAAAGAGAUCUGUUUUAAAAUCACUGUCGGAUUAGAUUAGAUUCAAUUGUGGCUGAUUGACAACAUUUAAACUGACUCUGCAGUUUUAAUCCACAACCUCCAUCACUCCAAAACCGACCUGUACAUCAGAAUUUUUGCAGGAUUUUUGCAGGAUUUUUGCAGAAUUUUUGCAGAUUUUUGCAGAUUUUUGCAAGAUUUUUGCAAGAUUUUUGCAGAAUUUUUUGCAGAAUUUUUGCAGGAUUUUUGCAGGAUUUUUGUUUGACUUGGAAAGCAUUUUCUUUAGUGAAUCCGUCACAUUGAACAUCAUGCCAGCUUAAUGGUGUGUGUGCAAACUCUCCCAAAUUAAUCUGCAUCUGAAUUUAAUGCAACUUUGGACCAGGACUGCAGGCGAAGUUCAGAUAUUUUGAAGACAUCCCUUUAAAAAUCACUGUUGGAUUAGAUUAGGUUAACUUCCAUCACUCCAAACCUUCCUGUACAUCAUAUUUACUGAAUUGCAUGAAUUCUCUUGGUCCCACAAACUUGAAAAAAGACUUUCAUGCCAUCUUAACUGAAUGUGCACACUCUCCCAAAUUGCAAAAACUCCCCAAAAAAUGCAACUUCGGUAACAAUAAAAGGACAAAUGAUGGAUCGGCUAAACUACUCAAACUCAUAAUCCCAUUGCCUUGAUGUUACAGGGUUGUCAAGUCAAGUUUGGGUUGCAUCCAAAUUCCACUAAAUGAAGUUUAUAAUAGCCUGAGACAGAUUCCACCAAACAAAUCCAAUGUUAUCAAUUAGUUUAUCCAAAUCUUUUAUCUUCUCCUCGCUCGUCAUUUAGUAGCAGAAGACGCACAGUGGAAGGUUUUUAAGAUGCUCUAUCCAAUUUACUUCACUAAGAACGUAGAGAAGGAGAGAGGAUUAACCCAACUACACUACAUUUGAUUAAAGGGGGUUAAAGGAUGCAAAGCUUUCACACUAUUACACACAGAUAUACAGAAAAGUAAGGCUCCAAAAAUGCUCCAGACGCAGAAAUCCUAAAACACUAGUGUUGUGUUGUGUUGUGUUGGACCACCACCUUUAUUUUGUAUUUCUACCCCCCCCCCCCCCCCAUUCAUGCCCCCCCGAUGGCUGCAGUAGUUUUAUUUUGGUAUCUGGACCAACUUGCUGUGUUUUG